UUCUCAGUACAAAGCAAAAAGAGAAGCGUCAAUGCUCGAGACCAUCAAAACUCGUCACGCGUAGAUGAAACAACCUCUGGACCAUGACCAUGAACAUGCCUUUACUAAUGAUGAUUGCCCUAAUUACCUCAAUGUCGUUGUUACUUGCCUCCGGCGAACCGAUCGCAACAACUUUAGACGGCCCGUUCAAGCCAUUGACCCGCCGGUUCGACCCGUCUCUACGGCGAGGCAGUGACGACUUGCCUAUGGACCAUCCGAGGCUGAGGAAGAGAAACGUCAGCUCCGAUUUCCCAGAACAGAUUGCUUUAGCUCUCUCUACUCCAACCUCCAUGUGGGUCUCUUGGGUCACUGGUGAUGCUGUAGUUGGAAAAGAUGUGAAACCGCUUGAUCCUAGCUCAGUUGCUAGUGAGGUUUGGUAUGGGAAGGAGAAAGGGAAAUAUUUGCUGAAAAAGAAAGGGAAUGCAACAGUAUACAGUCAGUUGUAUCCCUUUGAUGGUCUCCUCAAUUACACAUCAGGCAUCAUACACCAUGUUCUCAUUGAUGGUCUUGAACCAGAAACCAAGUACUAUUACAAGUGCGGCGACAGCUCUGUUCCUGCAAUGAGCCAGGAGCUCUCUUUUAAGACUUUGCCACUGCCAAGCAAAGAAGCAUAUCCGCAUCGAAUAGCCUUUGUUGGAGAUUUGGGUCUUACCAGUAACACAACCACCACCAUUGACCAUUUGAUGGAAAACGACCCUUCGAUGGUUAUAAUUGUUGGGGACUUAACGUAUGCAGACCAGUACCGUACAAUUGGUGGCAAAGGAGUUUCAUGCUUCUCAUGUUCAUUUCCCGAUGCACCUAUUAGGGAGACGUAUCAACCUCGCUGGGAUGCCAGGGGAAGGUAAACCUUACUAUC